GGGCAACGCGCGGACGUCACUUCCACUUCUCCAGUGGCGUAGGGAAUAAGCGAGAGGCAGGCAGAAGAGGAAGGCAGUUGAGAGCAGCGAGCGCCGAGCGGAACGAUGCCUAAAUCAAAAGAACUUGUGUCUUCAAGCUCAUCUGGUAGUGACUCAGAGCAUGAAGAAAAAGUGCAUGUGAAUCAUCUACUGGCGGAAAAAAGGAAAAAACAGGCAGCACCAGAAAAGCCUGUGAAGAAACAGAAAACUGGUGAAAGUUCCAGAGGGGCAGCCUCCUCCAGGCAAAGUAGCAACAGAGAUGAGAAUAUGUUUCAGAUUGGUAAAAUGAGAUAUGUCAGUGUUCGUGAUUUUAAGGGUAAAGUCCUUAUUGAUAUUAGAGAAUACUGGAUGGAUCAAGAAGGUGAAAUGAAACCUGGCAGAAAAGGUAUCUCUCUAAAUCCAGAGCAGUGGAGCCAGCUGAAGGAACAGAUUACUGAUAUUGAUGAAGCUGUAAGAAAACUGUAAAGACAAGCCAUACAGAAACUACUGUUAUAGGUUUAAGUAGUCUUUUUACAUUGGCAUUCAUUUUCUAAACUAUUUGUUUUCCAAGCUAUUGUAUAUUUGGAUUGCAAAACAAUUUGUAAGAUGAACGCUUUUUUUAUGUGCAUUAAAAGUGUAUUCUGAGUGAAGUUACAAAUGUGCAUACUUUUAUUAAACAGGUGUUAUGUUUUCACAUCAUGAUGUAAAAUAAAACACAUUCACUUAAUACUCUUGAAUAAGA